AUGUCUUCAAAGCAGCUACGUAUCGGCGUUUUCAUGCCAUCGAGCGUACAGCUUCUCGACCUCGCAACUGUCGACGUGCUCGCCACUAUGUCUAGUGAAUACCUCGGCGUCAUUCCUCUACCUUCUCAUGUUAGCAGCAUGGCACCUAGCACCAAUAUCACGUACAUCACAUCGCCGAAGCUCUUCCCACACGUGGAUCUGACAGCUAAUCUAUCCGUUCGCGCAACACAUACAUACCAAGAUGAUGAUGUUAUGCCGGGAAAGCUAGACAUCGUCGUUGUUCCUGGUACAGAGCCAGGUGAUGUUUUCGAGGAGGAGGCAAAAAAGUGGCUGAGAGAUCAGUUCAACACUGAGGGGGUUGACGUGCUGUGCGUUUGUACGGGCGUUUUCCUAUGUGGUGCAGCAGGCAUACUCGAUGACAAGAGUGUGAGCGGACCUCGAGGGUUACAAGAUGAUCUAAGGAAGAAGUAUCCGAAUACCAAGUUUGUGGGGGAAAAGUAUAGGUGGAUUCAGGAUGGUAACUUGUGGUCAAGCGGUGGAAUAACCAAUGGCAACGAUAUGAUGAUUGCAUAUGCCUACGCCAACAGCAAACACUGGCCAGCGUCUGUUGUUAGUAUGGGUGCCAUGCUUACAGAUGUAGGUGAUCGACCACAAGUGUAUGAUCAAGGUCAGAAGAAGUUCUUUUUAACGAUGGCGUGGCAUAUUGCACGCUCUUGGUUUUCGAGUUUGAUGCCAAUGAGAAGAGGAUUGAGCAAGAUGGACUAG